UUUCUAUCAUUUAAAAAAAAAAUAAUGAAACUCAAAAGUCAAAACCCGCAACAAAAUGCGGUAAAAAACAAAAAAAAACAAACGCAUCUCAUCUCAUAUUCGUGGAUCCAACUCUACACUCAUCACCAUUUGCCCCCACUUCUCUCACCCCUCUUUUUUUUCUUUCAGUCGUUCACGCACAUACAGCACACACUCCACUCCAAAAUUAAAUGCCAAAGUCGAUAAACAGGACUCUCAUUUGCUUUUCGCUAUGCAUUCCCCUACUCGUCGGCUCCUUGCUCCUCGCCGGGACCCUCGACUACAGAUCGCAGUUCCUCUCCUUCAUUCCUCAGCUCUCCUCCGCCGUACGUUGCCAGGACGGAUCGCCGCCCCUCCGCGUAUACAUGUACGAUCUGCCGCCGCGUUUCAAUGUAGGGUUGAUGGACCCGAGCUUCCCCAAUGAUACUGCCGUGGCGGCGGCCAAUAUUCCGGCCUGGAGGUGGGGCGAUGGGCUGAGGAAGCAGCACAGUGUGGAGUACUGGAUGAUGGCUUCGCUUUUGUGCGAGGGGAACGAUGGAUCGGGUUCUUCCAGGGAGGCAGUUCGGGUUGUGGAUCCGGAAUCUGCUGAUGUCUUCUUCGUGCCUUUUUUCUCCUCUCUUAGUUUCAAUGUUUACGUUCGGAAUAUGGCGGACUUGAAUACAGCAGAUGAAAAGUUGCAGCUCGAGAUGGUAAAUAUCUUAAGAGCAUCUGAUUACUGGAGAAGGUCUGAUGGGCGAGACCAUGUGAUUCCGGUGCAUCAUCCCAAUGCUUUCAGACAUUAUCGGGAUAAAGUUAAUGCUUCCAUAUUCAUUGUUGCGGAUUUUGGUCGCAUAAUGAAAAUUUCUAGUCUGGCAAAGGAUGUUGUAGCUCCCUACCCACACAUGGUAGAAUCAUAUCUUAGUGAUGACCAUGAUGAUCCAUUCAAAUCUCGUGAAACACUUCUCUUUUUUCGUGGAAGAACUAAGAGGAAAGACGAAGGAAUAAUUCGUGCUCAGCUGCAUAAGAUGCUAAAUGGAACAAAAGAUGUCAUAUACGAGGAAGCUUAUGCGUCAGAAGAAGGCUUCAAGGCUUCUACCGAACAAAUGCGUUCAUCGAAGUUUUGUCUCCAUCCUGCGGGUGACACUCCAUCUUCUUGCCGUCUAUUUGAUGCUAUUGUCAGCCACUGUGUUCCUGUUAUUGUGAGUGACAGAAUCGAGCUGCCUUUUGAAAGUGAGAUAGACUACAAGGAAUUCUCCAUUUUCUUCUCAGUUAGCGAGGCACUUAAACCUGGCCACUUGAUAAAUGAGCUCAGGGCCGUUACCAAAGAAAAAUGGAUUGAAAUGUGGUCUAAAAUUAGAAGCAUUUCUCACCACUUUGAGUUCCAAUAUCCCCCAAUGGAUGAAGAUGCAGUCAAUAUGAUUUGGAGACAGGUGAAGCAGAAGGUACCUGCGGUUAAGCUUGCUGUACAUCGAAGUAGGAGGCUGAAAAUACCCGAUUGGUGGAGAUAGUUUCUUGAGCCUCUUCUUUCAGUUUGUAUAUUCAUAUAUAUAUUCUUUGGAUUAUCCGGUGGAUUCGUUUCCAAUGUUCAUCCGUGUUGUUCAACACAAGUACCUACAUAGUUGAGCUAUUUUCUGCUGCUCUUUGCUUCCAUAGUUACAGUUGGUUUACACAAAAACUGGUCGAGGUUUGAUUUGUUUACAGGGGAACACCGUUCUCUUUAAAAAUUAGUUGAAAUUUGUUUGUCUUACAAAGUGCAGUGAUUUGUAAGUCUAGGAAAUGAACGAGUUUGUUUUGUAUUUGGUCUAAACCUUGGUGAGUUUCUAUGAAUACUCCUCACGGUAGCGAGAGCUGUUGCUGGCAAUGAGUUUGUAUAGCUGAUAUUUUUUUCUACCAGGAGCUUUUACUUUGUAAAAGAAGAAUAUAUUUAUUUUGGUCAUCAAAUUUGAAAACUUACGAACUAUUUUCCGUUUUCAAGAAUCCAAUUUUUCUGAUGGGAGGGAUAAGAGAUUCUGUUGGCUGCAGGCUGAAUAAUUGUCUGGUUACAUGUCUUUUUUUUUUUUUUUUUU